GAACGUGUUUUUAGUUAGUUGCUGUUUUUAAUAUAUUACGUUUCAACACCGUCCUCUGCCUGGUUUUGACAGUCGCCUGAAAGCGCGCAUCGAGGGGACUAUAGAAAGAAAAACGCUCCUGAAUUCCAGGCGGGCACUGACUCAACUUCGAGGCUCUUUUGCACCUCCCAAAACACACCAGAAACGCCAUUGUUGUACAACAUGGGGCUUUAUCGAGAUCGUCGUUUGCGCGUACUAAAUAGCUCACGCAGUGCACGGUUUUGCACGUGGAGCUUAAACAUGGGCUGUGAGUGAUGACAGCACUUAAUGGGUGAAUUGAACCAGCCGCAGGGUGUUGGUGUCAGCUCUAUUUAAAUCAGAUGUUGCGUGUUUCACGGUGGGCAGCAUGGCGAACAUGGAAGGACGCAAGCGGAAAAUGAAAUUCGACCCAUUCGAAUUAGAGGUGUUGAUACAUGAGGCAGGUAAACAUCUAAAUGAGAUACAAAAUAGACAUAUGACCAUCGCCAAACGUAAUGCUAUAUGGGAGGAAAUCAGUGGCAAAGUAAAUGCUGUGGGUAAAAAGAUGCGUUCAGUAGAUGAAGUUAAGAGACGGUACCAAGAUUUUCGAAGAAGGACAAGAGAGAAAAUGGCAGAAAGGAAGAAAACAACAGCAAAUAAAACCUCUGAGAACAACACAUCCUCUCCUAGUAUCAAGGAGCAGGCACAGUUCACGUUGGAGAAUGGCACAGGCUCUUCCAGCAUCGAGGAGCCCACACAGUUCACCUUUGAGGAUCAAGUUACAGGGAUUACCGAGUAUGACACUGUGUCCAUAAAAGCAGAACAAGACGACCAGUCUUACACGGAGGAGCCCCCCGAGGAUCCAGUCACCUCCGCAGAGCCUCAGAAUGACCCCAAGGACAUAGGUCAGGAGCUGCUGCGGGAGCAACAGAAGCAGUCUGCAGCCCUCCAGACUAUUGCACGGGAGAUGCGAGCAACGUCAUCAUUGGCACGGGCAGCCAGACGCGACACUCAGUCCAUUGCUGCACACUGCCGACAGAUGGUCAGCGCAGUGUCAGCCUUGACGAUGGCCAUCAAUUCUAUUUCAAAGGUUAUCCAGGAUGGAAUGCAAGCAAUGGCUGCCAUAAACGCUGGCACUCCACCGGGUGGGCAAGGCCCACCUGCGUAAAAGAAAUCAACCGGGACUACUUUUUUAAAUUAAUUUUUUGGAAGUGGAAAAUAAAUUCUUCGAUGGUUACGUUUACGAGAUAUUUUUCCUUUGACGCACUUAACGUAAGAGAGCCUUGAAUAAAAAUGUAUCAUAGCUACACAAAACAAAGAUAUAACAGAAGAAAUUCCUAAUAUUUGACUGAGGUCGGUGACCUCCUCUAAAUGCGAGCUCCAGAAUCUUUGUUGUGCAAGUGUGGGCCUCACCGUAAGCAUGCAGUACAGCAGAGGUCAGGUACAAUGCAAGUGUCAGGAGGAAAGGUCUGAGAGCCCAAACCACCUGAGAGAAAAGCUCCAUAUAAUUCGUACUUUUAAUAACUCAUUGAAAAUGAGUCAGUCAUCUACAAAGUAAGAUAUCUGGCAUUCAAUAAAUAUGUUUGAAGUCUGUGCAGUGUCUGCUGGAGGUGUGGAUCAAUAACUCCUAUGAGUUAGGGGUAAAUGGUCUCAUUCAAAGGGGUCCAGACUAGAUGAAAACUAGUAAACCUAGGACCUUCAACAACACUUCACAAAGAUCGGGCUUGAGUAAUCCCUGGAGCGACUGCUGUCGUGCUCUGAAAUUACCAGGAUGCAAAUGUAAAAAAAAAUGUAAAUGUUGAGCCAUGUAGGCUCCAGAUCC